CGGAAAAAUAAAACCUGUCCUUUAAUCGUGAUGGGUUGUCGUGGUUUAUUAGGUCGGUUUUUUCUGCUUUUCCUCAUUCAAGUCGGCUGGUCAUCUGGACAUUUGGUAUUCUCAUAUAAUGGCCGAUCUGCCGAUCUAUGUGUUCACCGGGCCUUCUGGGGCUGGUAAAAGCACGCUACUACAAAUGUUGCUGGAGAAGUUUCCCAAUAGUUUUGGAUUCAGUGUAUCUCACACAACGCGAAAACCACGCCCGGGGGAAAGGGAUGGAGUAGAUUAUCACUUCACUGACAGAGAUUCGUUUUUGAGUGAGGUUUCCCAGAGGAAUUUUCUUGAGUAUGCAGAAUUUGCUGGGAACUUUUAUGGAACAUCAAGACUUGCUGUUGAAUCAGUACUUAAUGCUGGUCGCAUAUGUAUUUUAGAUGUUGAACUACAGGGAGUUAAAAGUAUCCAUGCAAUUCAACCACCAUUGAAUGCUCAAUACAUCCUUAUUCGUCCGUCUUCAAUUAGUGAAUUGGAAAAGCGUCUACGUGGCCGAGGAACAGAAACUGAAGAAACUCUAUCUAAGCGGCUUGCUCGGGCUCGUGAAGAUAUUGCAUUCUCUGAAACUGAAGAAGGUCAGAAACUAUUCACAAAAAUUAUAAUUAAUGAUGAUCUCAACACUGGAUAUAAAGAGUUGGAAAAUUUUGUUCUCCCAGCUGUUAAAUGUACUAAAUGUGCGUUAUAACUACAAAUAUAUUUAGUGAUCCACUAAUAUCAAUAUGCUUAGUACUAUUUACUUACUAUUUUACAAUUUAUGCGACAGCAUUUAUCUUUAUUUUACCUUUACUUCCCCCCUCCUCAGUUCUCAUUGUAGCAUAAAGUAGAUAACUCACAUCUUUAAGCUACAAGUUGCACAGUAUUUAUUAGUAAUAUUAACUUGAGAGUUAUUAUAUUACUUCUAUAUUCCUAAACCUUUCACAUUUGACUGUCAAUGUAUUAUGACAGAUUAAUUUAAAUGUACUACAGAAAUAGAAGUUUAGUGUUUUA